AGGAGACUACCAUCCUUCUCCUUGAAAGGCUGCUUACAGAGCUCCUAAGCAGCCAAGGCAAUGACUCCCUGGGUGUUCCUCUCCUGGACAGAGAAAGGAUGGAGCACAUCUGGAGUGUCCAGAAGAAGCAUGUGAAAUGCAUCCAAGAUCCCCCUGGUGUGGUGCUCUAUACAGAGAAGGGGACCUUAACCAAGGGUGGUGUGCUUCUGGGGACAUACAGAUGUGCCAGAGGCUCCACUUCUCUCGAGUCCUUUCACUUGCAUCACAACCGUUUCAUCCCAGGGACCAGUGCCAACAGUCUGAACUUUCAUAUUUAUCUGCUGGAGGGGCUUCACAGGUGGAACCAGGACCAGGAGGCUGCUUCCUUGUCAUCUGAACCAUCAGCUUUGCGCAGCUACACAGGAGAACUCCUUCACUGUGCAAACUGCAAUUACGAAAAGCUGUUUGGCAGGAAAGUGGUCCCCACGUUUUGUCCCCUUGCACGUUACACCGGUGAGCUCAUUGGAGUCCAGUAUUUGUUCCUUCAGACUGGUCAGGCACUGCAGGAAAUGAACCCAGACUCUGAGCAGACAGCAGAGCUCCUUGAUGACCUCAAUGUGGAAGAGCGGGAGGAAGAUGAGGGCUUCUGUGACAUCAACGAGGAUCACACCUUAAGAGAUCUGGAUGUUGUUCUGUCACCACUGUCCACACUGACACUGGGUUCUUUCACCCCUGUCACAAGAAGUGCCACCUCUGUCCUGGGCUCCUCAACGCCUUCAUUGGUCCCUGACACCAGUGUUCUGGCACAUAGCCUCCCACAGUCUGCGUCCCCUGUCCCCUCUGAGCCUUCUGAUUUACCUGUCCACUUGGAGUUGGAAGAUGCAGGGCAGGAAGGCGAUGAAGAGACGGCUGUUGACUACCAAAAUGUGCCUGGUUUUCAACAUGUGGACAGGCUGGCGUAAUAUCUGGUGGAGCUCCGGGGUCACACAGUCCUCAGCCUGACCAACCAGGAAGCCAACACCAUCAUUGGACUUUGUCAGAAGCUGGAUGACCGAGACAAGCAGAGGGUGGUGUAUGCAGCUCGGCACCAGGAGCGACUGCUGAGUGGGCGCUUCAGAACACCAAAGAGGCCCACUCACACCCUUGGAGUAGAGAGCACCACCAGAUGUGUGCUGGGUGCAGGCAGCGUACCCGCUCAGUGGCCUGACUGCUGCCGUCUGGUGGAGACCAUCUUCAUCAGGCUUUGCACAAUUCACCCUAGCCCCAAGAAAAAAAGAAAAGGGAAGCCUGUCGAGAUGGUCUCUGAUCCUCCAAGAAUAUCGAAGGAUAAGGCAGCUUGUGCUUGGAAACAGCAUGGUAAUGGAGGGAACAUCCAUGCAGCUGGUGGAGGUAAACCAAAACACCCUGAUUCAGUGGCACAAUAACAGACAGAAAAACAGAACUGUCUGUGCUGCUUCAGGCAAUUGAGUUGCCUCAG